GAAAAAAUUGAAUAUAUGAGUUAUAAUAAUACACCGGUCAAAAAUCAAGAUUUAAUCAAAAGGUUAAAAAAACUUAUUGAUAAUAGAAUAGAUACUGUUCGAUUGAUUCAUGUUAGAGAUCAUUGA